CGGCUGUGGCGAACGGCGGCGCCUACCUGUCAGUUGUGGCUAAUUUGCCGUCAGGUGAAGGCCAUUUCCACCAUCGAUAGCUCUAAGAAGACUGCAGAGUGGAGGGAAAGUAACAGGAAUGGAUGUGAGAGGAACCUGAGGCCCCUGGCUCUGCCUUCGCCUCGCCCGUCCAGGGUGACAAUGAGUUUCCUUACCAGCUGGAUGCCUACCGCCCCCCUGACAGCCAAGGACGCCUGUGGCAUGGGAGUCAGUAUCAAAGAGGAGCUCAGCGAUGUCGCAGAAGACAAUUGGCUGGAAUUUAAGGAAGAACCGCUUGAAUGUGUGGAUGAGGUGAGGGAUGAAGCGAGAGAAGUGAAAGUGAAGCAUGAAUUUCUCUUCUUUAAGAAUCCUCAAGACCCCAGACGUGAAGUAAGUGAAAAAGACUCAUUUAGCUUGACGCAGGAUUGCAGUGAUGUUUUGGCAAGAACGGCAUUUGUGGCUGAGGAUUGUGGCGGCAAGAACUCACCAGAAGGGGAUCAGGUGAUGCAUAAGGAUAGCCAUGAGGAUACGCAUGGAAAGGUGGAAGCUGAUUCGAAACACUUGGUAUGUGAAUUAUGUGGCACUACAUUCCAUUGUAAGAGUUUUUGGAAGAUUCACAUGAGAGUCCACACAAAGCAGAAGCUCUAUAGUUGUCAGAUUUGCCAUAAGGCCUUCCCAUCCAAAAGAAACCUAGAACUACACAUGCGAGUGCAUACAAAGGAGAAGCCAUACAAUUGUGAGAUUUGCAGUAAGGCUCUCUCGUCCAAAAGUUAUCUGGUGAUACACAUGCGAGUACACACUAGGGAGAAACCAUACAACUGUGAGAUUUGUAAUAAGACUUUCACAUUUAAAAGUAAUCUACUGACACACACAAGAGUACACACAAAGGAGAAACCUUACAGCUGUGAGAUUUGCAGCAAGGCCUUCUCGUCCAAAAGUAUUCUGGUGAUACACAUGAGGGUACAUACGAAGGAGAAGCCAUAUAGCUGUGAGAUCUGCAAUAAAGCCUUUCCGUCCAAAAGCGAUCUGGUCAAACACAUACGGGUACACACUAAGGAGAAACCUUAUAGCUGUGAGACGUGCAGUAAGGCUUUCCCAUCAAAAAAAAAUCUCGUAAUACACAUGGGAGUACAUUCAAGUGAGAAGCCACACAGCUGUGAUAUUUGCAGUAAGGCUUUCACAUUCAGAAGUAAUCUUCUGACACACAGGAGAGUACAUUCAAAGGAGAAACCUUACAGCUGUAUGGUUUGCAAUGUGGCCUUCACAUUCAAAAGUAAUCUACUAGCACACACAAAAGUACAUACAAGGGAGAAGCCAUUUAGCUGUGAGAUUUGUGGUAAGCACUUCUCUGCAAAAUUUGAUCUGGUGGAGCACAAGCGAUUACAUACAAAGGAGAAGCCUUACAGCUGUGAGAUCUGCAGCAAAGCCUUCCCCUCCAAAAGAAAUCUAGUAAUACAUGUAAGAGUUCAUACGAGGGAGAAGCCAUACACCUGCGAGAUUUGUAGUAAGGCCUUUUCGAUGAAACAGAGCCUAGUGAGGCACAUGAGAGUACAUACAAAAAGUAAGCCCUAUGCCUGUGAGGUUUGCAAUACAGACUUCUCACAGAAAAGUCACUUAAUGCAACACACAAGAAUACACACAAAAGAAAGGCCAUAUAAAUGUGAGAUCUGCAAUAGAGCCUUCUCAAGGAAUAGUCACUUAGUGCAACACAUGAAAGUACAUACAAAGGAGAAGCCAUAUUCGUGUGACGUUUGCAGUAAGGUCUUCUCACGGAGGAAUUAUUUAGUGCAACACGUGAGAGUACAUACAGAGGGGAAGUGAUAUAGCUCUGAGGUUUCUCAAAAAAAUAUUAAGUAAGUCAUAUCUCAAUAGAAAUAGAAGCCAUAUAAGCAUGAAUUACUUCAGUGUGCAUAUCAGUCCCAGACUUUAACUCUGCAUAUUAUACAUAUAUA